AUGUCUUAUCGCGGAGGCGGUGGUGGUAUCACCGGAACUAACAACAUCCCCCUUGGGAACCGCCGUCGCUUUGGCGGUGACGGUGGCAGCGAGUCUCCCGCCCCAGCUUCAGCCCAGCAGGAACCGCGGGAGCGGGAGCGCGAGAGAGAGCGAGAGUACUCCCCCCGGGACCCUGGGACCGGAUUGGUAGAUCUCAAACGUGGGAGGUCGCCUGUUCGAGCCGACCCUGACGGCCCAAAGAAGCGCAAGAAGAAGAACAGAUGGGGCGACCAAACGGAUAACAAGGCGGCGGGAUUGAUGGGAUUGCCCACCGCCAUCUUUGCUACUAUGACUAAUGAGCAGCUCGAGGCUUAUGCGUUGCACUUGCGUAUUGAGGAAAUCUCACAGAAGCUUCGGAUUAACGAUGUUGUCCCCGCAGAUGGUGAUCGGUCGCCUUCACCGCCGCCGCAGUACGACAACUUUGGUCGUCGUGUCAACACAAGGGAAUACCGGUACCGCAAACGGUUGGAGGACGAGCGUCACAAGUUGGUCGACAAGGCCAUGAAAGCCAUCCCAAACUAUCACCCACCAAGUGACUACAGAAGACCCACAAAGACUCAAGAGAAGAUUUAUGUGCCGGUUAAUGAUUAUCCAGAAAUUAACUUUAUUGGUCUCCUAAUUGGGCCUCGUGGCAACACCCUGAAGAAAAUGGAAACUGAAUCCGGCGCCAAAAUCGCCAUCCGUGGGAAGGGAUCCGUCAAGGAAGGAAAGGGCCGCUCCGACGCUGCUCACACCUCUAACCAAGAAGAAGAUCUUCAUUGUUUGAUUAUGGCCGAUACUGAAGACAAGGUUAACAAAGCCAAGAAGUUGAUUAAUACUAUUAUUGAAACGGCUGCAUCGAUUCCUGAGGGGCAAAAUGAGCUCAAGCGUAACCAGCUUAGAGAGCUUGCAGCACUCAACGGAACUUUGCGAGACGAUGAGAACCAAGCCUGUCAGAACUGUGGUCAAAUCGGUCAUCGUAAAUACGACUGCCCCGAACAAAGGAAUUUCACUGCAAAUAUCAUCUGUAGAGUUUGUGGGAAUGCUGGGCAUAUGGCCAGGGAUUGUCCCGACCGCCAGAGAGGCGCGAAUUGGCGCAAUGAUGACCGUAGACCCGGUGCCCCAGGCCAAGGAGGAAGGCCUGGAGCUGCAGGCUUGGGACAGGGAGAUGCUGUUGACAGAGAGUACGAGCAACUUAUGCAAGAACUCUCGGGUGGAGCACCUGCUGCAAUCGGAGGUUCCGCUCAACAAGGCCGCAUCGAAGCUGGUCCAACCGGCUCCGAUGGUGGCUACGGUGGCCGCGAUAGUUACAGCGGUCAAGGAGGAUAUGGAGGUCAAAGCCAGCCGGAAGAGCUGGGUCCAGAUGGCCGCGCUCUCAAGCCUUGGCAACGUGGUCCUACUGGUGGUCCUGCACCAUGGCAGAUGGGCCGUGGAGGUGGUGGCGGCGGUGGCGGUCGUGGUGGACAUGGUGGUCCCGAAGGACACGCGCCUCCGCCCAACGCACCUUCAGGGCCCAGCAGCCUUCCGCCUUGGCAACAAGGCGGUCAUGGACCUCCAACUGGACCCUCUGGUGGGGCUGCACCAUGGGCUGCACCUCACCAUGGCGGCAUCCCCCCUCCUCCUUCGACCUCUGCAGCUCCUCCAUGGGCUUCUGGUGCCCCCGGUGCAGCUCCUGGGAUGAGCUAUGGAUCUGGGGCAUAUGGUGCUCCUCCUGGUGCAUACGGGGCUCCCCCACCUCCCCCACCCUCCUCUUAUGUCUCGAUCCCACCACCGCCUCCUGGCAACCCGCCGCCCCCACCCCCAUCUUCUCUCGCACCACCACCUCCCCCACCUCCCCCUCCGCCGCCACCACCUCCAUCAAACGACCAGCCUCCCCCACCGCCGCCCCCGCCUCACUACCGUUAA